UGUGUGAGCGAACAAUGAAAACUUAAUCAGAUCAGAGGUCAGAGCUUUUAACAGCCUCUGCGGAGGUUUGAAGGGAGCAGCAAUAAAGAAAAAAAAAAAGAGAGAGAAAGAAAAAGCUGUGCGCGGCCAAGCGGAGCAGCAGCAGCAGCAGCAACCGGCCAUUCAGAGCCUUUUCACGGUGGGAUGUGAGCGCCUGAGAGGCUCCCUGUAGCACCGGAGGACCUGUUCUGUUUCCUUCAGCCGGAGCCGGAGCCGUUAGAGAAGCGCUGGUUUUUUUCUCUCUCUCUCUCUUUUUUUUUCUUUCUUUCUUUUUGCGCUCGUUGCUUUGAAAAGUGAACCUGCAGACCAAGAGGAAGAAGCAAACCAACGUGUCUCACAUCUCAGGGUACGUUAGCCGCGUUUCUCUUGACUUUUCUUCUUUCACCAUUUAUCAAAAACUAAGAAGCUCUUUUACCAACAACCUGUUCGUUAAUGGAGAAAUAGUGGUGUUUUUUUUAUCUAUAUAAAUAGUGUUUAACAGGUGUUUUUUUAAUGGAAACCUGCGCAGUUUUUGGGCGUGUCGGUGCGCAGGUAAGUGAUUAACUUCUGAUAGGAGUGUUUUGCUAACAGUGCACUUUGCUAACAGCUUCAACUAAAUGUUAGCUUCAUUGAAGUAGCCGCAAACCACAAAUUUCCACUCUAAAUUAACAAAAACAACCACGUACUUCACGUUUAGACUGUUAAAUGUUGUUCUUUAUCAGUUUAUUUCUGCCUAAUUGCCACACACUUGCUUUGUUUUUAGCAUUUAGUGCAUAAAUAAGUAAGCUAGGCUGCACUGCAUCUAUGUAUGAAUGUACAUGGGUGUUGGGUUGAACCUGCUUUUUGCCUCAGGGACAAAUAUGUGAAACAUCCUAUCAGGACUGCAUUCUCUAACAUGCUGUGGCUCAUCAGUUAACACAAUAUCAGUUGGGAAACCUGCAGCACACACCCACCCAGCCAGCCAGCCAGCCAGCAGGUUGUAGUAACAACACUGGACCAAAUCACUGAAAACAACAACUUCUGCUGCUGUUAGAGAGGUAAUGAAAGGGGUAGCAGUGUCAGGGGUAUUUGCCAGUUUGUAGGUAGACUUAUCUGGGUUGUGGUUAUGAUCACAUGCUUCCUGCCCUCUUUGUGUGAGACAGUUCUUGCAAGCAAACUUUUGCGCAAAGAGAGCUCUUCUCUAAUCUACGCCAGACUUUGGCACUUUCUGUGAAUCUCUCAUUGUGUGGGUGUUUGGGUCUGCAGGAGAGCUGAGGUUGACAUCCCUGCACCCUGCUGAAUGCCUUUCAUGGCCCUGCAUUAACAUCACUAUGGCACUGACAGAAUUACUGCCGCGCUGACUUUAGCUCACUCUGCUCUUUCCAGCGAUUGCUGUUUUUUUGGGGGGGGUUUUGCUUUGUUUCUGUCUCUUUGUUUUAACACUUUUUAAGCGUUUCUCCUUCCAUUGCAUUCUGUGUAGUGUUUUUGCUGUACAUAUUUUCAACCUUCUUUUCUACCAGGUCUCACGUGCGGUGAAUUGAUUGUGAUAUCCAUGCAACCUUGUCUCUUUCAGCCCUCCUUGGCUUUGUUUCUCCGGUCUGUGCCAUCCAUCUCGCCAUGGACAGCCUGCUGAGCGGGGCCAGUAAAGGGGCCAGUGCCCUUCAGACAGCACAGACCUCAUCACGUCAUAGAUGCCACUCGCUGUCUUUACCCCUGUAUGAAUGACUGUUAGGGAAACAAUAAAGCCUAAAUUCCUCUUAGCUUGAACAAAGGAGCCAUGCAUCCGCUGCUGUCCCUCGGUGUCUUUUGGCUGCUGCCCCUGGCCUUGAUGCUGGAAGAGGACUCACCACUAGACUGUGUCCCCCGCAGAUCUGUGCCCUAUCACAGGGACAACGCUCAUCUGUUUCGUGAAGAGGGCGUGUUCAACUACUCCACCAUGCUGUUGAGAGAAGACCUGGACUUGCUUGUGCUGGGUGCCAGGGAGGCAGUGUAUGCUCUCGACCUCAAUGACAUCUCCAAGAAACAUGCUUCAGUUAAAUGGGAAGUAACGCAGGAACAAAAAGAUGAGUGUAGAAACAAAGGAAAAGAUCCCGAGACAGAGUGCCUCAACUACAUCAGGAUCCUGCAUAAGACGGAGGACAACAGGAUGUAUGUGUGUGGAACCAAUGCUUUUGAUCCAGAGUGCGACUACAUGUCCUAUACAGAUGGGGAGCUGACUCUUGAGAAGAAGGCAGAGGAUGGCAAAGGGAAGUGUCCAUUUGAUCCUUUCCAGAGAUAUGCCUCCAUCAUGGUUGAUAAUGACUUAUACUCAGCCACUUCUAUGAACUUUCUCGGCUCUGAACCCAUCCUGAUGCGCAGCUCUCCCGUCUCCAUACGCACGGAGUUCAAAAGCUCCUGGCUUAAUGAGCCCAACUUUGUUUCCAUGGCUCAGAUGCCAGAGAGUGACAAGAGCGAGGAGGGAGAUGACGACAAGGUGUACCUAUUCUUCAGCGAGACAGCUGUAGAGUGUGACUGCUAUAACAAGCUGGUUGUUUCCCGUGUGGCCCGUGUCUGCAAGGGAGAUCUUGGAGGUCAGAGAACUUUGCAAAAGAAGUGGACAUCCUUCCUGAAGACUAGAAUGGACUGUCCAGUGCUGGAGUCCCAGCUGCCGUACAUCAUCCAGGACACGUACCGCUGGUGUGAUCCACAGCAGCACUGGAAACACUGUUAUUUUUUCGCCAUCUUUACCCCACAGUCUGACACAUCAGACCUGUCUGCAGUGUGUGCGUACCGCGUGUCAGACAUCAGCAGAGUGUUUGAGGAGGGAAAAUACAAGAGCCCAGUCCCCGUAGAAACCUCUUUUGUUAAGUGGGUGAUGUACAGCGGAGAUGUCCCCGUCCCUCGACCCGGAGCUUGCAUAAACAAUGAGGCUCGUAAAGCGGGCAUAAAUCAGACCCUGGACCUCCCAGACCGGACCCUUCAAUUUAUCAAAGAUAGGCCCCUCAUGGACCAGGCCAUCCAGCCAAUAGGAAGAAAGCCGCUACUGGUGCGAAGGGGAGCUACAUUCACACGCAUCAUAGUCAACCAAGUGCAAGCCGCAGAUGGCGAGAAGUAUCAUGUGAUGUUUAUAGGCACGGAGGAAGGCACGGUGCUCAAAGCUGUGAACUACGAUGGAGAAAUGUUCAUCAUAGAGGAAGUGCAACUCUUCCAGCCCCCAGAGUCAAUCAAGAUUCUCCAGUUUUCUAAUGUCACGGGUCAGCUCUAUGCAGGCUCAGACUAUGGGGCAGCACAGGUACCAUUGGCCACCUGUGAGAGGUCCUUAUCCUGUAUGGACUGUGUACUGGCUAGAGACCCGUACUGUGGCUGGGACAAGACUGAUGGGAAAUGUGUUUCCGUUUCUGAUUCACAAAGAGAAUUAAUCCAGAGUGUGAAAGCAGGAGAUGCCUCCCUUUGCCCAGAUGCUGACCCUGUCAAGCCAAUGAAUCAGUUCAUCUGGCCGGGAGGUAACCUGAAGCUCAGCUGCCCUUCGCCUUCCAACCUGGCAGAAACCAGCUGGGAGCGGGACAACCGCCUCCUGACGCCCUCAACUCGGUUUCAGCUUCUACGAGACGGACUGCUUAUCCUGAACGCUUCAGCCAACGAUGCUGGUCAGUACCGCUGCGUGUCUGUGGAGCGCUCCAAAACCGACGAGUACACCAGCACUGUGGCUGAGUACCAUGUCACAGUAGAUCCUAAAGGUUAUGGUAGGGGCGGUCAGCCGUUGUUUCCCCAAGCUCAGACUGAUGGUCCUUCUGUGGCUGGACUGCAGGCUGUAGUUGCACUCCUUGUAGUUGGACUUGUUGCCCUUUUGGCCUGGAACUUUUACAAAGGUCACCUACCUCUGCCCUGGAACUGUGGAAAGAAUAGAGCACAACCCCAGGGGACCCACGACAAGGAGGCUCAAAGCUCCACUGUGACUCACCAAGAUGCUGUGAGGCCUGCACUGGCAGAGAACAAGCCGCUGGUGUCUGGAACAGACAACAACGGCAGGAACAACAACCACACUGGUGGGGAAGCUGCAUUCAAUGCUGCAGGGGAGAAUGAUGCCCCAGAAGUCAGCCUGCAGUUCAUUGAUGACGAAUCAGAAAUUUAAAAAUCUCAAGCACAUAUUCAGCUUUCUUCCAAGUGUCAAGUGUUCAAGUUUGACAAAUGGAUGUUUAUUUUACCAGACACACUGGAUAUAUCAGUUCAGCUGUAAUAUUUGAACAUUUAAAUCUCAAGUUAAGAGGCAUUUGCAGCUAACUGAACAAAAUAAAAAGUGCAAGUGGUUGAAACCUUUGUUUAAAGAGACUAUUAAUUGUUGAGAAUGAACACAUGAAAAGAUUUUAUAAAUCUUGAGUCCAAGUAUGAGAUACUUUUUUUUUUCUUGCUUUUUUGUUUUUAUAUGCAAAUAUCUUUUCUAACUUUGUACUAACUGUUUCAAAUCCCGUUAUAGAUUGAGUUAUCUUAUAAAGAUUGGUAUGAUUUUCACAGGGAAUGUACAAUAAAUGAAAUUGAGCCACUUCAUUUCUAACCACUAGCUUCAGAGAUUUUGUUCUAUUGUAUUAAAAAUUUUGAAAUCUC